AUGUUAGAGCUCUCCGAGAUCGCCCCCUUCGAUCUCAAUAUGGAGAAGGUGGAGCAGAUGGUGAUGCACAUAAAUUCCAAGUGCGCAUCUCUACAACGUCAGGUGGCCCUCAGCUCACAGAAUCAAAGCGUAUCAUGUAAAGAUAUACAUACAGACUCUAUCUCAUCAGAAGUAAAGUUUCAACUUCCCUCCACUCAAGAUGAGAGUGCGGUGACUGCAAGCCACAGCGGCACUCCGCACUCCACUCAUUCACUUAAAACCCGCAGUGUAACGUAUUGGAGUGAACGUGAACUCUUUGUAGCCUCAUCGGAGUUGUGUCAAUAUCUUAACGGUGGUGUGGAUUAUCGAGCGAUUUCUUUACAACUUCAACGAGUGAUGGAAAUUCUUCUCACAUUACUGCGGGAGGAUUUACAGUUGGCACGUGAGAUAGAUGUACUUCCAGGGGGAACUGUGGAUCGUAUCUUCACUGUAUUCUCAGAUCUCUUUCGUGAGGGAAAAAAUCUUUUAACAGUAAAUGGUGUUCUUCAAAGCGAUUCACGUUUUUUUGAACAACGGGGCAGUCAAUCAACUGCUGUCCUGGAAGAAAAUCAACAACAACAACAACAACAACCAUCUGCAAUGAUGAAUUCACAAUCACCACCGGAUUCUCAAAAUAAUGGUAAACGCAGCAACGGCAAACAAGGAUUACAUGUUACCAUUUUUAAUGAAAAUGAGGAUUCUUCUAAAAGUGAAGAAGAGUAUGAACCUUUACAUCUUAAUACCUGUGGGAGUGCAUUAGUUGGGGAAGAUUCUGGAUUUCGUUUUCCUGUCGCAACACCAAAAGAUGAUGUUAUUAGUAUCAGACAAAGCUCUAGUGUGGGAAUGAAUACUCAAUCAAGUAUAGGUGAAAGUAAUGGUAGUCCGUUGAAACCAAAAGGAACUUCGUCCGAUACUAAAUCUCGUUAUCAACGUAUGGAAGAAUUAUAUGAUACGUAUUGGAAAUCUGAUGGAAUGGAUAUGAUAGCAGAUAUGAUGCAAAUGGUAUUUUUAAAAGAGUAUGAACAAAAUGUUAAUAAAACUGCACAGAAAGAAGACUUUUCUCGAUUUAAAAAGGACCUUGACGAACGGAUUAUGCCUGGUUUAAAAGAUUAUGAUACCUUUCAAUUGUAUACAUUAGAUCCAUCUACACUUCGAUCGGAUUAUGUAGUAAAUUGUCUUCAUAAUCAUGUAAAACCCAAUGAAAAGAUAUUAGAUAUGUUGACUACUCCUUCAUUAUGGAGAGAAACUCCAUCGCUGGUUCUUUCCAAUGUGAAUCUUGGUGAUGCUGGUGUAAAGUCAUUCGCACCAUUACUCCCACGACUAAAACAUAUACGCCUUUUGGAUUUAAGUUCUAAUGAUAUUCAUGAUACUGGUAUAUCCGAGUUAUGUACAGGAUUAUUAAAACACCCCACAUUGGAGGCAUUGGAUAUUUCUCAUAAUCCCAUUACAGAUGUAAGUGGAAAUGCCAUUCUCCAUCUCGCUACACAAUGUCCACAUUUAAAAGUGAUCCGACAUGAAGGGAUUACAUUUAAUCCAUCUGCAGAAGAAGUAUUGGCCCAACGUCUAGAACGAAACAGAAGAGCUACCAAUCCACCAUGGUUACCGCCUGGUUUUGUGGGUGGACAUGCCGUUUAUGAUCGUGGAGACUUGUGGAGACCAGUCUUAUCCACACGACUGGCGCCUCUCAUCACUCCCACCUCCACGAUAUCAUUGGAACAUCCAACAAGUAAGGGAAAUGUGGAAUCAUCGCAGAGAAAUGCGGUAACACCAAAUUACACACAUAACUCCACUAUGCCUCGGUCGUUGGGAGUAUUACAACGGGUUCGAUUGCCUUAUCGAACUGCGCAAUUAGGAAAUAUUAGGGCUAGUCGACGGGAAAGUAAAAGUUCACCUCGUUGA